UCAUUUUCUCACUCUACACUCUCUGCUUGUCGGUUCUCUUCUCAAUCAUCAGCCCAAUCUCUCCUCAUUCUCACUCUCCCAACCUCUCAAAAACCCUAAUUCCCCCCUUCACUCCUGUGUAUUUUCCGUUUAGAGGUAGAGAGAGAAAAAUACAGUCAAGUUUUGUGAUGAAACUUCACUGAAGAUUGAUUUUUCACGUCGAUCGGAGCUAGUGAUCGUAUUCUGAUCUGAUGCGUAGACAGUAACCGAGGUGCGAUCUCAGUGACUCCGAUUGAUCGAUCAAACUCGUCUCAGAUCUUCGGCUAAUCAUGGAUCUGAGUGAUAAAGGAUCAGAGUGUGAGGAAAUGAGUAGCCAAACACCUACUCCAGAUAGGGUUUCAUCCGACGGCUCCAAUGCCAAGUCAUGUGUCGAUUGCGGCACCUCCAAAACCCCCCUAUGGCGCGGCGGUCCAGCUGGACCCAAGUCACUGUGCAACGCGUGUGGAAUUCGCAGCAGGAAGAAGAGGAGAGCAAUGAUGGGAGUUGCGAAGGAGGAGAAGAAAUGCAAAAAAAAUGAAGCGAUUAGCAAUCAGAGCAGCAGCAGCAACAACAGUUGUACCACCAGCAGUGGCGAUAGUACCCCAGGGAAAAUUGGGGAUUCGUUCAAGAAUAAGUUGUGGGAUUUUGGUAGAGACGUAGCGUUGCAGAGGCCGAGAUCGAAUACGAAUAGGAGGAGGAAAAUUGGGGAGGAAGAGCAAGCGGCAUUUCUCUUGAUGGCUUUGUCGUGUGGAUCGGUUUAUGCUUAGGGGAGUUGUACAACUUUUCCCUCUUUUUUGCCCCUUGGAAAUUUGUUCUAAUUUAAUUUUUCUUAUAGAUUACAACUACUAGUUUUUUGAGAGUAUUGGGUUGGUUGAGUAUGUUUGUGAAGAUUAAUUGAUCAAAAACUGAAUUUAAUGGUUAA